UUUGAAUUGUUCCCGCCAUUUUCGUGUACUUACAUCCUGCUUAUUGAUGUGAACUGUACCUAUUUUCCAAAAAUGAAAAUAAGCCUUUAAGGUAGUUUGCUUUAUUCAAUAGUGAUUCGCUUAUCUAGUUUCGUGGUAAUCAAUGUUUCAGCUAAAUAAGGCAAGGGCGGAACAAGUAUUUCGCCGGAAAGUGUAUGGGGAGGAUGAUCGAGAUAGGUACGAAGGAGGAGGCAUUGUACCGAUUUACAUUGUGAAAUUUUUUGAAUCCUUAUUUAAAACAAGAGAACAGAAUAAACAUGUCUUAUGAAACAAAGUACAUAUUUGCCACAUUACCCAGAACACAAAGAGGACAACCUCUUGUAUUAGGGGGUGAUCCUAAAGGGAAAAACUUUUUAUACACUAAUGGCAAUAGUGUGAUUAUUAGAAAUAUUGAUAAUCCAGCUAUUGCUGACAUUUACACAGAACAUUCAUGCCCAGUUAAUGUUGCAAAAUAUUCUCCAAGUGGAUUUUACAUAGCAUCUGGUGAUCAGUCAGGUAAAGUACGUAUUUGGGAUACUGUUAACAAAGAACAUAUUUUGAAGAAUGAAUUCCAUCCUAUUGGAGGGCCCAUUAAAGAUAUAGCAUGGUCACCUGACAAUCAACGCAUGGUAGUAGUUGGAGAAGGAAGAGAAAGAUUUGGUCACGUAUUUAUGGCGGAAACUGGUACAUCUGUAGGUGAAAUUUCUGGGCAGAGUAAACCCAUCAAUUCAUGUGACUUUAGACCUGCAAGACCAUUUAGAUUAAUCACUGGAAGUGAAGACAAUACUAUUGCCGUUUUCGAAGGACCGCCGUUCAAAUUUAAAAUGACGAAGCAGGAACAUACACGAUUUGUUCAAGCUGUGCGUUAUUCACCUAGCGGCAAUUUGUUUGCAUCUGCAGGAUUCGAUGGAAAAGUGUUUAUUUAUGACGGUACAAGCUCCGAUUUAGUUGGAGAAGUCGGAUCUCCCGCUCAUCAAGGUGGAGUGUAUGGAGUAGCUUGGAAACCAGAUGGAACCCAGUUAUUAACUGCUUCUGGUGACAAAACAUGUAAACUUUGGGACGUAGAAACUCGCUCGUUGGUCAGCGAAUUUAACAUGGGAUCAACUGUCGAUGAUCAACAAGUCAGCUGUUUAUGGCAAGGAAAUCAUUUACUGUCUGUAUCUCUAAGCGGUUUUAUUAAUUAUCUUGAUGUUGACAAUCCCGCAAAACCGAUUAGAAUAAUAAAAGGACAUAAUAAACCAAUAACAGUAUUAACUUUAAGCUCUGAUAGAAGUACAAUUUAUACCGGAUCUCAUGACGGCUAUAUUACCAACUGGAAUGCAACUACUGGGGAAAAUGACCGUGUUCAAGGCCAUGGUCAUGGAAAUCAGAUUAAUGGAAUGAAAACUGCAAAGAACAUACUUUAUACUGUUGGCAUUGAUGACACUUUAAGAUCAGUUGAUAUCACUACAAACACGUAUACAGAAACAUGCGUGGUUAAACUAGACUCUCAACCACGGGGUUUAGACAUUUACAAUGAUAUAGUUGUAAUUGUAACUGUUCGACAGAUAACAGUCACACAGGAUGGUCGAAAAAUAUCAAGCGUGCCUAUUGAUUAUGAACCAUCUAGUGUAUCGAUAAACCAAGAAAAUGGUGAUGUGGCUGUAGGAGCUACAUCAGAUAAUUCAAUUCAUGUUUAUACGCUCUCAGGUACCAAUCUAUCUCCAAAAAUUCAAUUGGAACAUCUAGGUUCAGUAACUGAUGUCGCUUAUAGUCCUGAUAGCAAAUACUUGGUGGCUUGUGACACAAAUAGAAAAGUGGUUCUUUAUACUGUUUCGGAGUACAAGAGGCUUGCACACAAUAGAGAAUGGGGUUUUCAUAAUGCCAGAGUAAAUUCCGUGGCGUGGUGUCCUGAUUCGACUAUGGUCGCAAGUGGUAGUCUUGAUACAACGAUCAUUAUUUGGAGCGUAACUAAUCCAGCGAAACAUACUAUCAUUAAAAAUGCCCAUCCUCAAAGUCAGAUAACACGUUUAGUUUGGCUCGAUGAAGAAACGUUGAUCUCAGUUGGACAAGAUUGCAAUACUAAGAUAUGGCGUAUAGAAAAGAUUUAAUUAAUGUUUUAAAAACAUAUUUCUUUCUCUCGGUUUUAAAGAGCUUAAUUUUUUAAUAUGUAUUUUAUUUAUUUUUUAGUCAAGGAAUAUUAUGUAUUAUUUUUUAAUGCGGUUUUGGAAUAAGAUUUGAAUAGAGUUAUAUUACAGUCUUUUACAUUCGAUACAAUUGAAAUUAUGGGAGGACGUACACUUUAUAAACGAGAUUGCUGUAACAUCUUUUUACAUUUUCGCGCAGUGUCAAUUAUAAAUAGCAUUUUUACACACUACAUUUAUUUUUUAAAUAUUUACAACACGAUAAAAAAAAAUACCUUUUAUCUUUUGAUUCUGCAAUUUUUACUGGGUCAUUGUAAAAAGAAUUAAUUAUGAAAUGAAAUCAAACGGAAAUGUCUAUUGUCUACUUUGUCUUUAUUAAAACAGCAUAAAGAUAACAAGAAAACAGUAACAAUUCGAACACUAAGGGUUUCUAGGAACGUGAUCACGCUUUAAGUUAUCUGUACAUUUAAAAACAAAAUAAUUGAGGUGUUACUAUAGCUUGCCUUAUUUUUAAUCAGUCGUAUACCGAAUACUUGGUUUAAAGAAGAUGAGGCACAUAAGUUCUGUAUUGAAUAAUCUCAAUUUUUGUUACAUUAGAUAUUCAAUUUUUGUAUUUAAUUACAAUAUUUAGUUGUUAAAUUAAAGUUGUAAGUGAAAGGAUUAGAAAAAUUGAAAAGUCGCUAUUGUUUCGCUUUUCUUUGAUUUCGCUUAUGUACACUAUAUUAAACUUUCUUCAAUUUAACUUCCAACGACUGAAUGAACUGUAACUGCACAAAGUAUACCACUUAAAUAAGGGAGCAUUUUAAUAACUUUAUAAUAAAAAUCAAUAUACUUUCA